AAGCUUUUUACUGCACUAUAAAUUGAACGAUAAGAAAAUUUAUAUAGCAAAGUAUCGAUAGCGGUACUCGGUGUUUGUCAGUUGAAGUAACCAUGCAUGUGUUCCUGUUGCUGAUAGCAACAACAGUGGGACUGGCGUCAGCUGCUGACGACUGUUACUACACCGCGGUCGACCUAUCCUACAGGCUCAGCCCCUUCAGCACCAACUACUACCCCAACUUUCUACCCUUCGAGAUCACCAUCGAGUUGGUGAACGUCAUCACCGACAUCCUCUUCAAUGAAGCCAAAUACAUCGCGGGUGACGAAGGCGGCACCAAGGUCGAGGUUCCUGGAAGGUUUUGUGACAACGGAUACAAAGUAGGCGAACUAUGCAAGGAUCAGCUGAUGUUCAUGCCAGCCUGUGUCAUUGACCUGUCUGAGAAGUCCGCCAUGGACGACAACUAUCAAGCCUCCAUCCAAGACGUUGAAGAGUGGCAGGCCAUCUUCGGUGCAUUCCCUCCCAGGUCCAUCGUCAUCUUCGACUUCGGCUGGUCCCCGAGGUAUCCCGACGUCGACCGAUUCUUUGGCCGCCGAGGAAAGCUGGGAACCCAGCUCAACCAUCCUGGAAUUUGCCCAGAGCUGGCUGAUUAUCUCGGCAGGCACUGUAACGUGUACGCGGUGGGGACGGACGCUCCGGACGUCGACUGUGGCCGAAACAACGAGCUGACCACGUCACCGUCGCAGCGUGUGCUCGCAUCCCACGGCAAAUACACGGUCACCCAACUCCAGCUGAGGCGGAGAAGAUUGCCGUCCAUCGGCGCUGUGGUCACAGUAGCGCCCUUCUACAUCUCCGAGGCCACGGCCGCCCCUGCUCGAGUGUUCGCUGAGUUCUGUGUGGACCCCGUGCCCGAGGUGGAUUGUCCCCAGCCAGCCCCACAGCCCACCCCUCUACUGAUUGAACAAGUCGCCUCCGCCCCCCAGAUCGUCACCGGCACCCUGGGACACAUACACAACGGCGUCCACGGUGUAUCCCACCCUCCCCUGCACACUGGCAUCGCCAGUAUCCUCUAAACAGCUCAGCCCCCUUUCACUGAUACACACUCUACAAAAUUAACUCGUUAUAUAUUGAUAGUUUAAGUUUUUUAGUAAGAGGUUUAUGACGUAUGUAAAUAAAUAAAAACACCUAA